AAAGUUUAUCUGUUUUGAGGCUCAUGAUAUUGCGUAAGCAAUGGUCUUGAAAGUGUUCUCUCUUAUUCUAAAAACAAACUCUCACAUUUAUGUUGAUAGGUUCCAGUUAGUAAAGAGAUAACUUUCUAGAUGGCCGUGAAUUCAUUUUAGAUGUAAUCGUCUGCUUUUGAACACAUCGGACGAAAAAAUAAGAUCAAAUAAAAAAGCUCUCUUCUUUUGAAUAUAUUUUCUUUGAAAAGAGAGAAAUGUUGUGUUUUAAUAGUGAUUUGUGAAUAUUAUUUUUGAUAAAUAAGUGUUAGCGCGAUGUGAAAAAAGUAGUAAUUUUUUAUUAUAAAUCGUUUACAACUGAUCAUCGGAAUUAAAUUAAUUGUGUUAUCGUUUGAAUUUAAGUUUUGAAUAUUUUGAAUCGUCUGAAAUCGCAAAAGAGGAUUCAAGUUAAAUGCAAAUGCAUUUAAUUUUUUCAUUUUAUCCAAUUUUUGAAAUAUCUAAAUUUUCCUAGUCGAUAGUAUAGCAGACGAUUAAAAAAAAGUUGAAUAAUUUUGUGUUUGUGACAUUAGAACGUUAUUAUUUAUUUAUUUUAAUCGAAAACUGUCGUCUUCUCUGUAUAUUAUUCCAAGAGAAAGUGAUAAGUAUGAAGAGUUCAGUAGUAUACUUGGUAUUUGUACAACUUAUCUAUUAUGUGGUUUCCGAAAAUUCAGUAUCAGAUGUUGAACCUCGUAUGAUACCUCAAAACUAUCCAUCCAGAUGUCGGAAAACAAACUUUGGUUCAGAAUCACCAAGAACAACAUCAACAGAAAACGGUUUUUAUAUAAAAAUAUCUGGCAAACCUACCAAAUAUCAACCAAAUGAACAAUAUACAAUUACACUUCGAGGAAAACCAGGAAAGAAAUUUCAAGGAUUUCUACUGAUGGUAGAACCCAAAGAAAUUCAAAAUGAUAUUUCUAUGAGACAAGAUGUGGGGUCGUUCCAACUUUUUGGAGAUGUAGUGAGUAAAUAUUCUGAAGAAUGUCCAAAUACGAUCGUGAAUGCAUCUAAGAUAAUGAAAAGUGAAAUCCAGGUAAUGUGGAGAGCUCCACCAGCAGGGACAGGAUGCGUUGUAUUUAGAGCGAUUGUUCAAGAAAAUAAAGAUUCUUGGUACAUGGAUGAAGGUCGCCUAGUGCAAAUAUUAUGUGAAGAAGAACAAGAGAACCAAGACGAGCAACCAGAAAUACUACAGGAGUGUUGUGCAUGCGAAGAAGCAAAGUAUGAACUCUCUUUUCAAGGAAUGUGGUCUCGACAUACGCACCCGAAAAAUUUUCCUGAUUAUGAAUGGACAACACAUUUUUCUGAUCUUAUUGGAGUGUCUCAUGCCAAUGGGUUUCGUAUGUGGGAGUAUGGCUUGAAGGCAUCAGAGGGUGUCCAGGAAUUGGCUGAAAAGGGGGCCACAAAGCGUCUAGAAUCAGAAUUAAAAAAUCAUUCUGACAGUAUACGAACCAUCAUCAAGACACGAGGAUUGUGGUACCCAAACACACGUGGCAAGACUUUUGCUGUGUUUCGUGUUGACAGACGCAACCAUCUGAUAUCCAUACUGACAAAACUUGCUCCAAGUCCAGACUGGAUUGUGGGAGUCAGCGCCUUGGAGCUGUGCCUCAAGAAUUGCUCAUGGGUUGCAGAAAGAGUUAUGAACCUGUACCCUUGGGAUGCAGGGACAGACAGUGGAAUCAAUUACGAUGGUCCUAAAUCUCCAAGUAUACCUCAAGAUAGAAUUCGAAGGAUCACUUCGUCAACUCCGAACAAUCCUUUAUCCCCUUUCUACGAUAUAUCCGGUGUUCAAAUGAAACCGGUGGCCAUUCUCUCUGUGACGCGGCAGAGGUUGUAUGAAAGGCAGAAGUCGAACGGUAACACAGAAGACGGCUGUUUCGACGAUGACGUUACCACACCAAUUUAUCCAUAUAGCAAUGAUGGUAUAGAUGAUAGGACCGAAUGUCGAGUUAGUGACUGGACGGACUUUCAACCAUGCAGUGUUUCUUGCGGUCAAGGCAACAAAUUGCGAACACGCAAAUAUGAGAAUAAACAGAAAGCCAAUGAAGCUAAAUGUAAAGUACAGCUUGUAGAAAGAGAAAUGUGCUAUCAGUCUUGUCCAGGGGGAAACGUCAGUUGCCGUACUACUGAGUGGGGUGAGUGGUCUGAAUGCAGCUCCACUUGUGGUAAGGGCAUUCAGCAAAGAAGCAGAAAGUAUCUUGACAACAAUGCCAAGAAGAUGUGUGCAGUUGAUAAUAUGCAAAAGAGGACUUGCGAUGGAAUUGUUCCAUUUUGCGAUGAGGAGGAUGAUAUUGAUGAGGAGGACGAUCCAAUAUGCACUGUUACUCAGUGGUCAGAGUGGUCACCUUGUUCAGUGACCUGUGGUAGGGGUGUGACAGUCAGAACUCGUCUCUACCUUGAUGUGGAAGCCCUUAAUCUGUGUAGGGAAGAAUUGAACCAAAAAACUCAGUGUAAAGCGGAAAAAGAAGACUGUGCUAUUUCCUUAAUUGAAGCUAAGCAAAACUGUAUGAUGCCGAAAGAAAUAGGUCCAUGCAGAGGAUACUUUCCUCGGUGGUACUACGAUGUGAAUCGUAAGGGUUGCCAACAGUUUAUUUACGGUGGGUGCAGAGGCAAUAAAAACAACUUCGAGAGGUACAAUGAAUGCAGUAGAAUCUGUGAAAGGCUUGACACAGUGCGCCAAGAAGAUAUUCUACCAAUACCCUUACCAUCACCCUCUCCACUACCCUCAGUUGAGUCAACGGCAAUAUCUUACGCCGGACCUAUACCUGGUGCAGCAGUGGACUGUGUUAUUAGUGAGUGGUCAGAAUGGGGUUCGUGUACUGCUACUUGUGGUACUGGUCGUAAAGAAAGGAAACGAUUCAUCAUCAGAAAUCCAGAUAAUGGCGGAGAAUUAUGUCCAACAAAAAUGGUUCAGAAGAGGAAAUGCAAAGAUAAUCCACCUUGCAAUGAGGAAAUGGCUAACGAAGAAGCAUAUCCUGCAAAGCACGCAGGAUUCAUGGAAGCGUUAUACAGGCCAGUCCUUGACUGUCGAUACAGUGCCUGGUCAGAUUGGACACCGUGCUCACAAACUUGUGGGCGAGAAGUACAAUAUAGGGCGAAAACGAUACUGAAUUACCCAAGUGACGGUGAUUCCCAAUGUAAACCAAAAAUUGAAAGACAUUUUUGCGAUUUGCCACCUUGUCCACCUUCAUAGCAUGCGUUAAAAGAAAAUUCCUUCUUAUUUAAAUAAGUAUUUCGCCUUGCAUGCUCUGAAGAUGUCUACGUGUAUGGUUUUAAUUUGUUGAAAUAUGUAAAAACUAUCUUUGGAAAAAUGGAUGCUUUAUAAUCGAAUUUCAGAACUGUUACUGCUAUUUAUUGUGUAAUAAAAGAUGUUGCUUACCCUGCUA